AAUUGUGUGAGGUUUCAAGAGCCUAGCAGAGCGACGAUAAAGUUGAAAAAGUGAGUGUGCUCGAACGGUCGAUCUAUCGGCGCAGUUCUGGACGUUAUUUGGACAAGUGAAAGCCGUGACCUCCCACACCCCUGAAGCGGAACGGGAACAACGAAGGACACCGUCUGCUUCCUGUCCGAGCUCUUGAAGGAAGCCAACCAUAGGGACAAACUUUCACCAUGAUGGAAGAACUGCAGACGCUGAUGUCGCAAGACAUACCCGAGGGGAGACAGAGCAUCAAAGAUUCUCACACGAAUCUCGAGAAAGUCGCCGAGUAUUGCGAAGCGAAUUAUUUCCAAGCGGAUAAUAAGACUCAAGCUCUUGAGGAAAGCAAAAGAUACACGACUCAAUCGUUGGCGUCCGUCGCCUACCAGAUCAAUACAUUGGCUUUCAAUCUUCUGCAUCUCUUGGAUCUACACACGGCGAACUUGUCCAGCGUAGAAUCGCAGGUGAACCACAUAGCCCAGACCGUAUCUAUUCACAAAGAAAAAGUGGCGAGGAGGGAAAUCGGAGUUCUGACGACGAACAAGAACACCAUCAGGCAACACAAAAUCCUUGCGCCCGCAAACCAGGAGAAACCAAUAAAAUACGUGCGAAAACCAAUUGACUACAGUAUUCUGGACGGAGUUGGCCACGCAUCCCGGCAUCAGAUGGCUGCGAUCAACUACAGUCAAACUGCUCCCAGACCCCGGAGGAGUUCGUCGUCAUCUGUUCCGGGCCCGGGACCUGCGGGACCAGCGCCCACACAGAAACCCCCUACCCCUCCGACCCAGCAGAUGUCUCAGAUGUCCAUGGGCCAGAUGAACGUCAGCGGGGGCACUCUACGACGCGUCGACUAUCGAACCCCUCCCGCCAUAGCUCCUCCGCAGCUGCCGAACACGUACGCGACGAACUAUCCUAUGGCUGUCCAAAACGUUCGGAGGAACAACUCAAGUUGUAGCACGCUGCCAGCUCCCGUCCACACAUCACAUAUGAUGCAUCAGCAGCCCCAGCAAAUGGCUCAUUAUCGUCAAGGAAUGAUGGUCUCGGGAGCACAUCAAGCACAACCCAUGGAGGCUGGAAUGAGCAUGAGCGGUCACCUGAGCAGUAUUCAAAAUCAUCAUAAUCCGCAUCACCAUAUUAGCGAUCCAGUCAACACCCAGGAAUCGCUGCCCGCGCCGCCACCGACCAUGAUGGCUCAUGCUCCUCAGUCAAACGUAAUUUCCCCGCCGCCGGUGCCCUCAAGCGCUCAUUCUUCUGGCAACGUUUCACCUCCUUUGCCUCCACCUCCAGAAGAACUUUCGUCACCGACCCCUCCACCUCCGCCAAGUUCGUCGUCAGAUACUUCGAAGAAUAGGGUUUCUACUGAACCAGCUUGGGCGCCAACUAGUUUUCUUGAGAAAGUUGUCGCUGUUUACGAUUACCAGGCGGACAAAGCGGACGAAUUGAGUUUUUCGGAGAACGCGAUCAUUUAUGUCAUUAAAAAGAACGACGACGGUUGGUAUGAGGGCGUCAUGAACGGGGUUCAAGGUCUUUUCCCCGGAAAUUACGUCGAACCAUCUGUGUGAAUCUAUUCAAACAAAUAUCAUUGAAAUGUUUGUGCUCGGGAAUACCUCUGGAGCAUGCCUGUGAGGCUCUCAUGCAUGUCAGACGUUUCUUCAGAGGGUCGAUGGCCAUUCGCCGUCAGGGGGUUAUAAUGAGGCCAAUCGGAAAGUGCCAAUGCUUAUCAGCUGUAUCCGACGGAUAGUCGCUCCAAAUUUGGCGUGGUAUGAAUAGUAAUGCUUCCGAGAAAUAAAAUAUUUUUAGGA